GGCUGAAAGCCCCAGCCCAACUGGUGCACCCCACAUCUCCCCCGACAUCGACUUUUCCCCGUACCGAUGCCAUGCCGCGGGGUACCUCGGCAGUCCGCGCCAGAUUCCCCAAAUUCCGGUCCCCUUCUAUCCUUCUCCGACAUUCAUAAAGUCUGGGGUUCCUCGUUUCCAAAACAGCAGUCAGCCUGAACGACCUCCCGCUAAAAAACCCUUUUGAGUCAAUUUGUAGUCAAUUGAGUGACGGUGCCAUCAUGACAGACCGCGUCAGCCAGCUCGCUGGCCACCUCAACUAUCCCAAGGGUCUUCUUGCCGGCCAAGUCGCCAUCAUCACCGGCAGCGGACAAGGCAUUGGCGCAGAAGCGGCCCGCCUCUUUGCAAAGGAGGGCGCCAAAGUGGUCGUUGCAGACAUUGACGCUCAAAAAUCACAAGAUGUCGUGGACAGCAUCAAGAAGGAGGGCGGCCAGGCUAUCGCUGUGCCAGGCGACAUUCUGAACAGCGAGUACAUUGCCACCCUCGUCAAGAAGGCCGCCGAGUUCGGCGACGGCAAGAUCAACAUCCUCGUCAACAAUGCGGGCUACACCUGGGAUGGCGUCAUCCACAAGAUGACCGACAAGCAGUGGGACAACAUCAUCGCGCUGCACUGCACCGCCCCCUUCAACCUUGUCCGCGCUUCGGCGCCCUACUUCCGCGUCAAAGACGGUGCGCCGCGAUGCAUCGUCAACAUCUCGAGCACCAGUGGCGUCCACGGCAACGCGGGCCAGCUCAACUACGCCCUCGCCAAGGCUGGCGUCACAGGCUUCACAAAGACAAUCGCCAAGGAAUGGGGCCCUCAGUUCGGCGUCAGGGCGAACACGGUUGCGUUCGGCCACAUCCUCACCCGCUUGACGGCCGCCAAGGAGAACGGCGCGUUCGUCAAGAGGCCCGAUGGUGAAAAGAUCGCCCUGGGGAUACCGCAGAAAAACACUACGCCGGACAGUGCUGCUGCUGCCAAUGCCGACAUUCCGCUUAGGAGGCCUGGCACCGCAACAGAGGCGGCGAGCAGUAUCCUCGCCGUGGCUAGCCCACUGUUCUCGUAUGUGACGGGACAGACAAUCAUGGUGACGGGUGGGAGGAACAUGUAGAUAGAUCAGGUGGGACCAGUUGGAUAGUUUGUGUGUUUGAUUAUUAGUAU